AUGGCUAAUGGGGAAGCCUUAAAUCAUGAACUUUCCACACUUUUCAAUGAGAUGUGGGAUAUGGAUGUUAACCGCCUUAUGCCUGGGAAAGACUACACAAUUGAUUUGCAGGGAAAAGCAGGUGCCACACAGCAAGGUGACAGUGCAGCCAGACGCUUGUUCCACAAUGUAAAUGAAGAACGCCUGAAGAGCAUAAAAACUUUUGCAACCUUUAUUUCCUUAUUGGACAACUAUGAGACAUCAACUGGCGUAGCAGAAGUAGUGACUCCAGAAGAAAUAGCUGAAAAUAAUUGCUUUCUUGAUGCUAUCUUAGCAACAAAAGUAAUGAAACUAGCUCAUGAAUAUCUGCUUAAAAAAAACCUAGCAAAGCCAAACCUUGCCGAUUUCAAACAUCAGCUCUAUGACAUCUGGUUCCAGCUCUACGCCAGGAAAGGAGGAAACAGACCUGAUUCUUGUGGUUUUGAACACGUUUUUGUCGGAGAAACAAGACGUGGUAAACAGAUCUUAGGUCUGCACAACUGGGUGCAAUUUUACCUUCAGGAAAAGCGCAACCAAAUUGACUACAAGGGAUAUGUGACUCGGAAGAACAAAACCAGGCCUGACAAAGACGACCAAGUUUUGAGCAUCCAGUUCAGCUGGAAGGGCUCAGUCAAGCCAAUUGGAAGCACCUUUAUUGGUGUCAGCCCGGAGUUUGAAUUUGCCCUUUACACCAUCAUUUUCCUGCUGUCUGAAGGAAGAGUCACACGUGAAACAGUGAAGAUAGAGGAAUAUGAGCUACAGAUAGUUGUUUGCCGCCAUGGGCACCACAUUGGAACAGCAUAUCCAGUACUUCUCAACACCAGUAGUGAAGACUAG